AACAUACACACCCUCAUAAAAAAUAUACCAGCGUUUCACAUUCACGCCCUUCAUAUCACAUAAUACACAAACUCUUGACCUUUGUCUAAUAACGAUCUAGAGGUGAGCAUAUAGUAAAGCUUUCUGAUUCUGUUUACAUACAUGGGUGAUGAGUUUCAAGCAACGGCAGCAAUUUGCGGUAGCGGAGGCGGUGCUUGGUGGAGCUCGCCGAGAAGCGUUAUGUCUCCUUCGGAUCAUUUCUUGUCGCCUUGUUUCGGAGCUACGAUCACUUCCGAUGAUUUUGGCUGUCAAGAGAAUAAUAUCAAAUCUAGGAAUACUUGUAAAGACAACAACAUCAUUUCUGGGCAGCGAGAGGCCGAUUCCGACAGUGGAGGAAGCACCGUGACGAUCGACUCGACGCUGCAAAUGAUGGGUCUAGGGUUUUCCUCGAACUCUUCUUCAGAUUGGAACCACACAAUUUUACAGGAAGACUUAAACUCAAGCUUCUUAAGGAGCUCACAAGAUCAUGGCCAAGGAUUCUUAUCGACAACUGCUUCACCUUAUCUUCUUAAUCCAGCUUGCUCUUCAUCUUCAUCAACUUCUUCUUCCUCGAGCUUGUUACGAACCUUUUAUGAUCCCGAACCCAACCCGUACAGCUUCGUUUCCACCACUAGCUGCUCAUUAAACAACCUUCACGCCUCUUGGGCUAAUAAUAACAUAAAUCCUAAUAUUAACAGCUUCUCUGCCAACACAAACUCUCUACCCUUUUGGAAUUCUUCAUUAACCACUAACUUAAAUAACACGACGCAGAACAGUUAUGUAACCACUCCACUGAUAAUACCCCCUCGCGGUGACGAUAAAACCAAGAAGACAAGAGGCCAGAGUGAGUCUUUGAAGAGAGGAAAGUACAAUGAACCUGCGUCGAAGAAACAGAGAGUUACCACGCCUUCACCCUUGCCAAAUUUUAAGGUGAGAAAAGAGAACCUAAGGGACCAGAUUACUUCAUUGCAACAGCUGGUUUCACCUUUCGGAAAGGUGAAUGAUUUAGAUUCGAUUUAUUUGAUUAUAAUAUACACAAACCAAAGUUUUUAUUUUCAUCUUCUUGGUCAGGUUUAUUUAGACCUUCUUUUUUUCUUUCUGUGGAUUAAUUUUCAGACAGAUACUGCAUCGGUUCUCCAAGAAGCUAUAGAGUACAUCAAGUUCCUUCACGAUCAAGUCACUGUUCUAAGUACUCCAUACAUGAAACAAGGUGCCCCGAUCCAUCAACAACAGCAGGAUGGAAACGGUAAUCAAGAACUAAGAGCACACGGUCUAUGUCUCGUCCCGAUAUCAAGCACUUUUCCGGUGGCUAAUGAAACAACCGCCGAUUUUUGGACACCGACGUUUGGGAGAAACAAUUUCAGAAAAAUAAAAUUCGCAAGUCAUGAUCAAGGAUUGAAUCAUUACUUGGAGAAAAAGUAGAGAUGAAAGAGGAAGGUGACUCUUCAAAGGUGGCAGAGACAACUAUGGUGUUGGAGGGGACCAACUACAAAAGCAAGAAUGAUUUAGGGCUUAGAAAAUGGAAUUACCUAUAUAAACGUUUUAGAAAAAGAAACAUACAUACUUUAAUAUAAACGGUUUUACAUGUAAUAAUUACGACUUCUUUUUAAUUCUGUAUAGGUGAAUAAAGAGAGAGGGUGUUGUGGUUGUCAAGACGGAUCGGAACAUAUGCUAAAUUCAGCUUGCAGACUCUAAAGCAUGGAUAUAAUUUAAUGAAUUUUCUUCUUCUUUUCUUGUCUUUUAAUCUAAUAUUUCGUAGGGAGUUUUAUUGCUGAAUUUAGCAGAUAUGGGUUGUUUUAUGUUGAAGAACCUUUUGUUCCUGUCCUUGUUCUUGAAUUUAUAUAUAGACAUAUUUUUGCC